GGUUAAGAUAUUAAUUGUCCUAAUAAAGGCGAAAGACUAACACUAAAUCGAUUGCGUAUGAAUAUCGAAGGUCAUAGGGUUUGCGAGUGUGCGUGUGUAUGCAAGUAUGCAGCGAGCUCGGUGCGGCGUCGUCGCUGCUGCACGCCUGCACCGCCAGUUGCAACACCCUCCCCCCUUCGCUCUCGGCUUCUCGCUCGCCGCCGUCUUGCCGCUUGCCUGUCUCACCUCGCGGCCGGCAGCCUUGCGCGACGCGCCGCGCUCUUUCACAUUCAAAAUUAUUCGCAACUAUUGUAAAAACACUCUGUGCAAUAAAAUUAUUAUAUUGGCUUUCGAUGCGGUCACAAUUGGUUUUUGCAACAGAGACAUUGCUAAAACUUUGCAAACUGUUUAAGUGCCUUUUAAAACUUUGAAUGCACUCCUCGUUGCAUGUCCCGCGCGCGUCGUUAUGAGAACCCCGUACUGGCGGUCACGUUGACGUCGCGCGGUGCCGCCAUAUCUGUCUCGGCCACCAACUAGCAAAAUUAAUAGAAUGGCGGAGGGCAAUGGAGAAAUUUCCAUUGAAGAGGUACCUGGGAAGGACUCCGAUGUAGGCCGCACACCGGAUUACCGCAAACUAAUUGAAUAUGGCUUGGAUCCUAAGGUAGCCGCCAAGCUGGACGACAUUUAUAAGACUGGAAAGCUAGCGCAUGCAGAAUUGGAUGAGCGUGCGUUAGAUGCCUUAAAAGAAUUUCCAUCCGACGGUGCUUUAAAUGUUCUUGGACAAUUUUUAGAUUCAAAUCUCGAGCAUGUAUCUAAUAAAAGUGCUUAUUUAUGUGGAGUCAUGAAGACCUAUAGACAGAAAAGCAGGGCGGCCGUGCAGGGCGCUCCCGCCCUGCCGAGUUCUGUUCAGGUCAAAGGGCCAGACGAGGAGAAGAUCAAGCAGAUCCUGGCCCGCACCGGGUACACGCUGGACGUGACCACAGGGCAGCGUAAGUACGGCGGGCCGCCGCCGGGCUGGGAGGGCGGCACGCCGGGCGCGGGCUGCGAGGUGUUCUGCGGCAAGAUACCCAAGGACAUGUUCGAGGACGAGCUCAUACCGCUGUUCGAGCGAUGCGGGCCCAUCUGGGACCUGCGCCUCAUGAUGGACCCCAUGACGGGCGCCAAUCGGGGAUACGCCUUCGUCACCUUCCAGGACCGGCACGCCACUGCGCGCGCCGUGGCUCAGCUCGAUAAUCACGAAAUAAAACCUGGCAAGACUCUGAGAAUUAAGAUUAGCGUACCGAAUCUGCGACUUUUCGUCGGCAACAUUCCCAAGUCUAAAGGCAAAGAGGAGAUACUGGAAGAGUUUGGUAAAUUAACAGCGGGACUCGUGGAAGUUAUAAUAUAUAGUUCGCCCGAUGAUAAGAAGAAAAAUAGAGGAUUUUGUUUUUUGGAAUACGAGUCUCACAAAGCGGCGUCAUUAGCGAAACGUAGACUGGGAACUGGUAGAAUAAAGGUAUGGGGCUGUGAUAUAAUAGUGGAUUGGGCUGACCCCCAAGAAGAACCAGACGAGCAAACUAUGAGUAAAGUAAAAGUACUGUACGUUCGAAACCUUACGCAAGAGAUAACUGAGGAGGCGCUAAAGGAGGAGUUUGAGCGCUACGGGACCGUGGAGCGUGUCAAGAAGAUCAAGGACUACGCUUUCGUACACUUCGACGAUCGGGACUGUGCAGUAAAGGCGAUGCAAGAGCUGGACGGUAAGGAGAUGGGCAGCGCGCGCCUGGAAGUAUCGUUGGCCAAGCCGCCCUCCGACAAGAAGAAGAAGGAGGAGAUCCUGCGCGCCCGCGAGCGCCGCAUGAUGCAGAUGAUCCACGGCCGCGGCGGCUGCUCGCCCGUGCACGGCGCCAUGCGCGGCCGCACGCCGCAGCCGCAGCCGCGCCCGCCCGCCGCGCGCGGAGAUUACGGGGGCUGGGUCAUGUGGGACGGGCGGGCGCUGGGCGCGGCGCGGGGCGGGGGCGCCGGCGCCCGCGGCUGGGGCCCGUGGUGGUGCUCGCCGCGCCGCGCGUGGCCGCACAACCAGCGCCAUGCGUGGCAACCCGCGCGCCAAGCCAAGUUUACCAGGUAAACGUAAACACGACGGGGGUCACCAGAACCUCGGGGGGGAGACGAAGCGGCGGCUGGGCGCGGCGGCGGCGGCGGCGUGCGGCUGGGGCGCGCCGCCCAGCUAGCCGCCCGCGGCCCCGCCCCCGCCCCGGGCCCCGCCCCCGCCCCGGGCCCCGCCCCGCCCCGGGCCCCCCCGUCCCGCCCGACACCCCCCCGGGCCCGCGGCGCCCGCCCCCUGUCCGGAGACACGACAAGCACGCAGGAGGCCCCGCGCGCGCCGCGGCCCACGGUUACGUUUACGCCCGCCGACCCCCGCCCGCUGAAGAGGGGGUCGCGCCAUUUUUUUUCUAUAUAUGUGUUUUUUUAUUUGAUUUUCAAGUUUUCGAUUUUGUAUCGCAUCGAUUCCGUAAAAAUCUUAAAGUAGGAAGUUAUGAAAUGUUUCGAAUGUAAGUUUUUUCCGUUAUGCUUAUGUUUUUCACUGUCGUAUUAGCCGUAUGUAUUGUUUAAUAUAUACCUUUAUAUUAUGUGGAGGGCGCGAGGCCGCGGUUGCCUGUUUGCGGCCGCGCGCUCGGGUCGAGGACCCGUCGACUGUUUUUUUAAUACAUGUUAUUCAAUAUAUUUUAUUCCUGCGAACGCAUUUUGCGAUGUGAUGUGUAUUUUAGCAGUAAUUAUUAUAUUAUAAGGAGUUUGACUGUUGUUUUUUGACAUACUUACAACUUAGGUUACAUGAGAUGAGGAUGAAUUAAUGAUGGAAUGAGAUGAACUAGGACGACUCGAUUACGGCUAAAAUAGAACUCCCCGUGACUGUAUCUGUAUCGAUAACAUUUCCCGACUGUGUUCCUGCUUUAGUUUUUUGCUUUAUCUUUAUUACAUAUUUCCCUUUUAAAUACAUUAGUGUGAGGAAAGUAGUAUUGUAAAGUUCAGGAUUUCUGUAAUGUUUAUUAUUGCUCUACUAAACUUUUUUUUGUAUAACGCCCACAUAGCAUGCCCAUACUGUUAGAACUCUGACUUGUAUCAAUCUUGUAUCAGUUUAAUAAUAUGUGGAAUAAAUUUGCAAAACUGUGUUUGCCUUAUUAUCAAGUGGUUUCUUUUCUUAAUCUAAUCACCCUUUAAAAAAUAUCAGGUUCACUUGCACAUUCUCAAGGGGAACCCCCCAAAUUAUCUUAAUUCUUAUUGUAAGUUUAAAGCUUUUCUGCUCUGAAAAUAAUAAUCUUAUUUAUUACUCUCAAGAAGGGUUACAAAUUACAUGAUAAAGUAAAAAGUAUUACUAGCAGUAUUUUAUAGUAGCAGUGUUCUUAGCAUGAACCAUUAUCGAAUUCAAUACGAGUCAAGUUGUCUAUGGAAAUUUGAUAACGCCACAACGGACGGAACCCGCCAGCAAUGUUACUACUUAAUGGUACAGAUGUCCCGGCUCGGAACGGAACGAGAAUAACAAAUAGUGCAUACAAAGCCAAUUUGACGAGUAUCAAGGUCGAAUUAAAUUAAAUUUCAAUUACGCUUCUUCCUCGUGGACAAACUGUGUAAUGAUGAAGCUAGUUAGCUUGUCCUUUAAGAAUAAUUUCUCCAGAUGGUCAAAUCGUCCACGUGAUCGAACUGUGCAAUCAAAGAAGUUGUCCAACAGGAAUAAUUUUUCCAGGUGGGCAAAUCGUCCAAAUGUUCAAACUGGGCAUACAAGCUUAUUUGUCGAACCUUUUCUCUAAUAUCAAUAUCAUGAAAUACUACUAUAAGUUUAUGGAAAAGAGCGAAGACAAUGAAGAUCAAGUUUAAAAUUGAAAGUGGGAUCGUGGGGCCUAUGUUCAGCUCUCCCUUAAACCUAUUACCUGCAGAUAUAUUUGACGCCGGCUGGGAGUACAUUAAAUCGAAGAGCUCCAUAGACAGUCAGAAAAAGAUCAGUUUCAUAAAUAUUUU